AUGUGUCAACUGCCGGGUUGUAAGGAACCCGCCCAUUUCAAUCCCAAUACUGGCAAGGCGUCGGAGUACUGCAGCAUGAAGCAUGUGCACGAGGCCAAGAGCCGAGAGUGCGCGCGCAGCGAGUGCUCCCGGACGGCGUUUCUUGCAAACACCGCCGGGCUGCAGUUCUGCAGCCGUGCCUGCGUCAACGAGGCGCUCGGUGAGACUACAUCGACAGUGCUAAACCAAACCUUGGAUGACGAGACGAACUGCGGACUUCCUGGCUGCCAGCAAAAAGCUCUGCCCGGUGGGACGUGGCGAUCCCUCCGCUUCUGCUCUGAAGCUCAUCGCAUACUUUUCGUUCAGCGGACGCCCGUCCCAUUCGGACAACCGAGCGCAGAGCCGUAUACAACGCAAGUGGUAGUUGCUCGUGACAACACCUCCGCACUCGAGCUGCGCUUCCUUGAUGAAGGGCACCCGGAGCAUAAGUCGCUGGCUGACCAGUUUACCUCCAAGUGGUUGCAUUCGAAACCAAAGCUGGGCGUGGAGGUCUUGAACGUAGUCAAGAUCGAGGUCCCCCGCGAAGUGCGAGAGAGGCACGAAGACUACAAAACGAUGGUUCCAAACGUCCGACGUCGAUUUCACGGCACUUUCUCCUCUAGAAUUUGCCGGUUUUAUGUUGGGGGAUCAAUGUGUCUACGCCCUGACUGCGGGCUAUGCAAUAUAUGCAUGCGCGGCUUUAAGAUCGAGGACAACGUCGGCCACUCGCCCGCGAGGGGCAAGAGGCGUCAGUGGCUCAUGUACGGGAAGGGGCUCUACUUCAGCAGCGUAUCCGGCAAAGCGAAUGACUUCUCCGCGGAGACCGAAAAGCUGGCAACCGAUGGCACCACGGUCCGAUGCAUGCUCGUCGCCGACGUCGCCGCGGGGAAAGCGUUCGUGACUACCGAGAAGUACUUCCCGCAGAUGGAGCGGCCACCGUUGGGCUACAACUCUGUAGUUGGAGAGGUUGGUCCGCACCUCAACUACGACGAGCUUGUCGUGUACGACCCGGCGGCCGCCCUGCCGACCCACUUCGUCGUGUACCGCAACAAAUCACCUCCGCCUGCCUCACCCACCCUCAAAAUCGAGAACAGGGAAACAAGCCGAAAACGGCGAGGCGGCCAUGUGUCCUCGUCAAGCGAGGGGAAAGUUCGUCGGCUGACGCCUUCGCGGUCUCGACCAAGGCCAUGAUACACGUGGCAACAGCAUGGCACUGACGGGAGAUCCCGUGAUGAGAGCAACCUGCGGUUCGAGGGAAGUUCUCCAACCUUUAAACGCCA